AUGUCAGAGAGAAAAAGAAAUCAUUCUGAUGCUUUUAUGAGCCAUGGUUCAGCUUCAAAAAAGCCACAUAUUCUUCAAACAACAAGUUCGAGUGAGGGCGGGCAGAAUGAUCCGGACACAAACAAUAGUAACAGUAACUCAAACAUUUACCAUGUGAUAGCUAAUGUUGAUAUUUCGGAUCCAGAAUGGCUCGAGAAAUAUCAAAAAGAAGCAAUAUUUCGGGCUUUAAAAGAAUAUCAGCGGCAAGCCGAGCGUGCAUUAGAAUUUAAUCAGGAACUGGUAAAAGGAGAAGCAGAGUACAAAAAUCAGUUGGAGAGAAUUGAAGAUCUUUUGGAAUAUUUGCAAAGUCAUUUGAAACGGCUUGAUGAUGCGGGUUUCUCAUACUUACAACAAAUAUCGACUGUCAUCCGAGAUGACAAAACACUUGAAGAUGCAAAGAACAUAGUUCAGUCGUUUAUCGAGAAGAUCUUCAUUUGGUUACAUGAACAAGAUGUUUUCAUAAAAACCUUGCAAUCUGACAAAAAUGAAGAAUCGCAGAUCGUUGACUUUUUCACUCACAAAACUCGAUGCUUAAGUAAAAUUUACCAGAACGCCAUAGAAACGGUCAAUACCAUUACACGGGAGUUGGAGACAACUAAAGCAAGUCUUGAAUCAACUUCUCAACAGCUUGAAACUGCUCAGGACAAAUUGGCUCAGUUAGAAAAAAAUAUAGAUAGAUCUAAUAGUUUUACAUUAAAUCCUUAUUUACUCGAUAAAAAAAAUGAAUCUAAUGACCACUCGAGUAAUUCUUCAAGUCGACCUAUUGCGGAAAGAAUGGAAUUGUCAGAUUUAAGGGCACUAGCCGAAGCUCGAUUAAAAGAGUGUAAUGAUUCUCAGGCCGAGAAGGUUGAGUUGAGAAAAAGAAUAUAUGAGAUUCAGGAGAAGUUUAAAUACGUACCGGAGGAACGCGUUAAGGAAUCCGAGAAAUUUAAAUCGCUUGAAUUAGAACUCAAUCAACUUCGUCAAUCCUAUGAUCAUCUGCUUGCCUUGUUUGAUGAAAAAACCAGAGAAGUACAAAAUCUCACUGCUUCUCGGGAUAAAGCUGAUGAUUUAUUGAAGUCUGAAAUGAAGCGGAUGGAUCAGGAAUUUCAGGAGGUAAAGCAAGAAUAUCUUAGCGAACUGGAUCGCAUUCGUGCAAAGAGAAAUGAAUUGGUUAAGGAUGUAGAAACAUUACGUUCCAUGAUACCACAAGACUUUCGCCAAAAUUCGGCAAUUCGAAUGCUUGCCAGUGAUCGCAUGGAAUUUAUCAACAUUCUGAAGGAAGAAAUACGUAAGCUUAAUAUUAAGAUCGCAGCAUAUGACGGAAAUAAAAGUGCCAUCGAGCAGAUCCGCAAUGUUCAUCUAUCAACAAAUGAAUUGACGUUCAGAGAAUCUCAGGGCACCGAUUUAACCAAAUACAUUACCGAUAUGCUUUCCUACAAAUCGAAUAAAUUCGAACAAAGACCUCAAGACCCACCUGCAUCAGAUCUACCAAUAUCACAAAAUCCCACUGAAUUGCUUAGUCGAAUUAAAGAUCUUGAAGAUAUUAAUGAAAUUCUCAAAAAUAACGAGAAGUCACAAUCCCAUGAAAUCGAAAUAAUGUUUAAUCAGCUUGAAAAGAGGGAUGAUGCAAACCAUAAAAAGGCCUUCGAAAUCUGUUCUCAGGAUCAGAGAGUUUACACACUGAAACAAUCGCUUACCAAAUUUCAACAACGCCUUAACGCCGUGACAAUGGAAAAUGUUUCAUUAACAAAAGAAAGAAGUUCUAUGGCUGUCGUUAUCCAGAAUCAAAUUAAUGUGAUUCGACAAAAUAGUUAUUUGUUGACGAAUUACAAAUCGCAGCUGGAAAACCAUAAAAGAGAAGCCGAUAAUGCUAUUCAAGCGUUGGCCAUAUAUAAGCAAAAACUUCAGGAGUACGAACUCGAGCUCAAGAGGGAGAAGACUGCUUCCGAGAACUUGCGCAUUGAUAGAACGAAUAAAGCCAGGGAAUUCUCAGCAGAAGUAAGAAAACGAGGCGAAGAGUUAAAAACGAUGUUCAAGGAAUCUAGGCACGUCAAAGAGCAACUGGAUGGAAAAAACAAGCAAAUAGAGGAACUCAAGAGGACCCAAUCAUCCACAGUUUCUACAAAUACUUUAAGGUUACUGGAAGUAUAUGAGACAAAAUGGAAGUGUUCGACUUGUAAUACUCGAUUCAAAGAUCAUUGCCUAACCCUUUGCAUGCAUGCCUUUUGUAAAACAUGCUUGGAACGCCAAUUGGAAGGUCGCAAUCGAAAAUGCGCGAACUGUGGUCAGCAAUUUAGCAAGACGGAUAUCAGGCAAAUUUACUUUUAG